AUGGUCCGACUCCUAUUUUCAAUUCUCGUCGCUGCAUUUGCAGUUUUCUCUCUGGCUCAUGCAACGCCCAUCUAUUCUUCUGGAGCUGGGCCCGACUUCCUGAGACGCGAGUCGAUCACUACGCUUUCGACAGACCAGAUCUCUACGUUCAGGCCGUUCUCAUUCUUCGCCAGUGCGGCAUAUUGUAACCCGAGCGUAACGAGGAACUGGAGCUGUGGAGCAAACUGCGAUGCAAAUCCCGGAUUUGAGCCUACCGCAUCAGGAGGGUAUGUAGGAUUCGAUCCUGCGCUCAAUUCUGUUGUCGUUGCGCAUCAGGGCACCGAUCCAGACAAGAUUAUCCCACUUUUGACCGAUGCCGACAUUGUGAAGGUUAAUCUUGAUCCAGAUCUGUUUCCGGGUAUAGACGAUUCGAUCCAGGUCCACGAUGGAUUUGCAGACUCCCAUGCCCGAGUGGCACCGGAUGUGCUAUCUGCUGUGCAGACCACUCUUUCUGCUCACCCCGAUGCAAGUGUGACGAUGGUUGGACAUUCUCUUGGUGCAGCGCAAGCGCUGCUCGACUCGGUUUUCUUGCCACUGCACUUGCCUUCCGGCACGAAGUACAAGUACGUUGGUUACGGUCUACCACGCGUCGGGAACCAAGCCUUCGCAGACUAUGUUGAUUCUCAUGUCACCGACCUCACGCAUGUAACGAAUAAGCAAGAUCCUAUUCCAACUGUUCCUGGUAGGUUCUUGGAAUUUCAACACCCGCAGGGUGAAGUUCAUAUCCAGGACUCAGAAGAGUGGAAGGCAUGUCCAGGUCAGGAUAACGAUUCCGACGAGUGCAGCACCGGAGCCGUGCCGAAUAUUUUCGAAGGAGAGAUCUCUAAUCAUGAUGGUCCUUAUGAUGUCGUUACGAUGGGUUGCUGA